CCCGGCCUCGCUCGGGGGGAGCCGCGGCCGAGCUGGGCCAUGCGGGGCCGGGCCCCGCUCCGCUCCCCGCCGCUGCAGCUCCUGCAGCUCCUGCAGCUCCUGCAGCUCCUGCAGCUCCUGCCGCUCCUGCCGGGCUCCGCGCGGGCCGCGGCCGCAGAAGCUUCUCCCCAUUUACCAGCACCAGAAAAUGUAGAGAUUUAUUCCUACAACUUCCAGAGUUUGCUGAGGUGGUCUCCUGUUCCAGUGGAGAAUGGCUCGGUGUUAUACACAGCCCAGUACAAAACAGGCUUCUACGACCAGUGGAGCGGCAUGGGCUGUGCCCGGACCCCCCUGACGCGGUGCGCGUUCCCCCCCGAGAUGAGGAGGCGGCGCUGGAGCUUCCUGCUGCGCCUGAGGGCCGAGCUGGGGCCGCUGGCCUCGGCGUGGGUGCACACCCCUCCCUUCGUGGCGGACACCAACACCACUCUGGGCCCCCCCAGGGUGAACAGUGUGAGGGUCAGCCCUGACUCUCUGCUCCUCAGCCUCAGCCCCCCCUUCACCCCUGAACCCACGGACCUCCUCCAGUACCACGUGUCCUACUGGGAGAACACCACCAGUGCCACAGUAAAAAAGCUAAGUGAAAGCAAGACACUAUUCCAAAUUGGAAAUCUGAAGGAAUCGACACUUUACUGCUUCAGCGUUCAGGUGCAGUUGAAGAUCUACUCGGGUCGCUCGUUACGAGGAGAGCGAAGUGCCCCAGCGUGUCACAGAACUGCCCUCAGUGAGGCAACCCGAGCUGGCUUCAUCAUCCCCCUGUUUGCCUUGGGGUUACUCUUCGUACAUCUGGUGACGUUUGCUUUGCUGCUUCUGUGGAAACACCGCAAAAAAGUCAAAUUCUGGGCUCAGCCUCCCCUGCAAAUCCCCUCACACUUCAGGGAGUUCCUGAGUGACCCUGGCGUGGAGCAGCUGUACAGUCCUGCUGAGGAGGAGCCCCAGGCUCUGGUGGUUGGAGAAGGAAGUGGCCUGGAGGGUGAGGAACCUUCACCAAACACCUGCAGGGACAGAGGAGCCACUGAGGGGCCACCCCAGUGAGUGUCAGCUCCCCAGGACUGGCCAUGGCUGCUGGCAGGAGAAUCCUGAACACGGAGCCUGGGGACAGAGGAAAAUCCUGAACAGAGAGCCUGGGGUCACAGGAGAAUCCUGAACAUGCUGAACACGGAGCCUGGGGUCACAGGAAAAUCCUGAACACGGAGCCUGGGGUCACAGGAAAAUCCUGAACACGGAGCCUGGGGACAGAGGAAAAUCCUGAACAGAGAGCCUGGGGUCACAGGAAAAUCCUGAACACAGAGCCUGGGGUCACAGGAAAAUCCUGAACACGGAGCCUGGGGUCACAGGAAAAUCCUGAACAUACUGAACACAGAGCCUGGGGUCACAGGAAAAUCCUGAACACGGAGCCUGGGGUCACAGGAAAAUCCUGAACACGGAGCCUGGGGCCACAGGAAAAUCCUGAACACGGAGCCUGGGGACAGGAAAAUCCUGAACAUGCUGAACACGGAGCUUGGGGUCACAGGAAAAUCCUGAACACGGAGCCUGGGGUCACAGGAAAAUCCCGAACACAGAGCCUGGGGCCACAGGAAAAUCCUGAACAUACUGAACACGGAGCUUGGGGUCACAGGAGAAUCCUGAACACGGAGCUUGGGGUCACAGGAAGAUCCUAAACAGGAACUCCUGAGAUCACAGGACAAUCCUGAACACAGGCCCUGGGAUCACAGGACAAUCCUGAACACAGCCCCUGGGAUCACAGGACAAUCCUGAACAGGAACUCCUGGGAUCACAGGACAAUCCUGAACACAUCCCCUGGGAUCACAGGACAAUCCUGAACACAGCCCCUGGGAUCACAGGACAAUCCUGAACACAGCCCCUGGGAUCACAGGACAAUCCUGAACACAAUUCCUGGGAUCACAGGACAAUCCUGAACACAGCCCCUGGGAUCACAGGACAAUCCUGAACACAGCCCCUGGGAUCACAGGACAAUCCUGAACACAGCCCCUGGGAUCACAGGACAAUCCUGAACAGGAACUCCUGGGAUCACAGGACAAUCCUGAACACAGCCCCUGGGAUCACAGGACAAUCCUGAACAGGAACUCCUGGGAUCACAGGACAAUCCUGAACACAGCCCCUGCUGCUCCAGGGGCCUGUGCCCAGCUCCCCACGCUCCUUGUUCUGCCAGAAGCACUGGGAAGAAGGAACAUGGAAGGGAAAGGAAAGGAACACUAAACUGCCUGCAGACAGGUGGAUGGAGACAAGGGGUGAAUUCCCACCCCAGCGUGGAGGAAGAGCUGCACUUCAUUGAUGUGGGUGAACCUGGGACUUUGCGGGGAAUGAAGAGCUGCAGUGUGAGCUCCACUCAGAGUGGUUUUGUGUCUGUUGGCAAUAAUACUCCCAUUGUACCCACCCCAGUCUGCUUUCCUGAGUCGUUUUAAGUGCAGGACAAACUGAAAAGAAGUUUGUGAGUACUUUCCUCGGGAUGAAGCUGUGCCAGGAGCCCCUCCCAAGAGAGGUGUGCUCAUACCUGCCUCCUCCCACGCUCCUGGAAGCAUUAACCUGCUCCUGCAGCCGCAAAGGAAAGGACCAGAGUUUUGCUCUGAGUUUUUACAAGGUGGGUCAGCCACUGCCAGACACUAAAAGCUCUUGCUGACCACCAGCAGAAGAUGACUGAGAGUUCUGGGUUUGGUGCCUUAAAGCAGAAGAGCCCAAGUUAAACCCCACAUCAGCCCCUGUGGAGUCUGGAGCAUCCAAUAAAGCACAAAGAACAAGAGAACCUCCUCUGUACUAAAAAAAAAUUGGAUUACUUGAUUUUUUUUUCCCCUGGGUUUGAUAUGAAUUGUUUUAAAAAGCAAUAAGGAAUGUGUUAUUUGGUGUGAAGUGCCUGGCAGAGCUGAGGUGCCGCUGUCUCAGCCUUUCCAGGAACACCCCAGGCCAGCAGCUGCCAAAAGCUUUGUCAGGUUCCUUGUAGAAGUGAUCUAAUCCCUUGGGAUGACACGGGCUGCUGACACAGGGAGAUCCAGGGAAGCCUGACUCGUGUGGGAAUUGUCACGUCAGCACCAGCUCUGCUUUAAAGGGGGCAGAGGGGGAGGCACAGCUCACAGAAGGGAACAACCACACUCACCCAGAGGACAGAAAUGAGGUUAAAUCCCGCUGGGAAUACCUGCAUGCAUUUCUCAGUGAACCCUGCACCGGAUUUGUGUUGUUAAAUAUUUUCACACAAACGAUUAAAAAGCAUUUACUGGGAGUAA